AUGUACUUCCUACAAAAGCGGUUAAACCCCCAUCCGAACACUCUCCAAGCCCUGGUCAGAGCUAGACACUACAAUGUAUUUGGCAAUCUCGUCGAGCAGUUCUCGUCUCAUUUCCUGGAGAAUGACAAGAUUAAUGCACUCAUUCGCGCUGUCAAGACGCACAAUCAUGACUGUAUCAAUAAAUUUGUCAAAUCUCGGGCUCUGCCGGCCUGCACCUCUGUCGCAGCAGACAAGCUGUUAUUGGCAUGUGUCGAAGAACAGAGCUGGAUGUUCAUUGAAGAAUUACGCAACGGGUUAGCGGCAUUGUUUUCUGCUGCUGGUAUAGCUGAUGCAGGGUCUGUGGCAGACGGGCUGUUAUUGAAAUAUAUGAAAGGAACGAAAUUAGGAAGGAAUUAUUAUGAUUAUACUCCCGAAUUACGAAAGCGGUAUCAUGAGAAUCAUACUCCUGAAUUGAUCAGUAGGGGAGCGGCAUGGUUUUCUGCAUAUAGAAUAGCCGUCGCGAAAGCUGCUGCGACGGACCGCAAGGAAACGUUAGAGCUUCUCGAGGCACAUUUUCCUUCGACAAAUGCGUUGGAGGAGACAUCACCUAGUUCGACAGUUUCGCUCCAAGCCACAGUGUACGGAGUCGGGAUAGGCCAUCGGCACAAGGCCUCAUUUGUCUGUGGAAUGAGAGAAAAAGAUAGGGAGUACAAAUUCAGGCUCAGUCUAUGA